GCGGGCUGGGAGGCCGGCCCAGAGCACUGCGGCGAGCGACCCCCAGGCCCCUCUCCGGCCGCCCCGGCGCCCCACCACGCGCCCGCCAUGCCCGAGCAGCUCAGCGUCGCAGAGUUCCUGGCCGUCACUGCAGAGGACCUCAGCUCCCCGGCCGGGGCUGCCGCCUUCGCCGCCAAGAUGCCCCGGUGCCGCGGGGCAGCACUGGCGCGGGAGGAGAUGCUGGAAGGAGACCAGGCCAUCCUGCAGAGAAUAAAGAAGGCUGUGCGGGCGAUCCAUAGCUCCGGCCUCGGGCACGUGGAGAACGAGGAGCAGUACCGAGAGGCCGUGGAGUCCUUGGGCAACAGCCACCUGUCUCAAAACAGUCACGAACUGUCCACCGGCUUCCUGAACUUGGCCGUGUUCACCCGUGAGGUGGCCGCACUCUUCAAGAACCUGGUUCAGAACCUGAACAACAUUGUCUCUUUCCCCCUGGACAGUCUGUUGAAGGGGCAGCUGAGGGACGGGCGACAGGAUUCCAAAAAGCAACUGGAGAAGGCAUGGAAGGACUACGAAGCCAAAAUGGCCAGGCUGGAGAAGGAGAGGGACCGGGCCAGGGUGACAGGAGGGAGUGCCGGGGAGGUGGCGCAGGACACCCAGAGAGAGCGACGCGUCUUCCAGUUGCACAUGUGUGAGUAUCUGCUGAAAGCCGGGGAGAGCCAGAUGAAGCAAGGUCCCGAUUUCCUGCAGAGCCUCAUCAAGUUCUUCCACGCCCAGCACAACUUUUUCCAAGAUGGCUGGAAGGCUGCUCAGAGCCUGUCCCCCUUCAUAGAGAAGCUGGCAGUCUCAGUACACGCACUGCAUCAAGCCCAGGAGGAGGAGCUACAGAAGCUGACCCAGCUCCGGGACUCCCUCCGAGGGACGCUGCAGCUUGAGAGCAGAGAAGAACAGGAGACUCUGAGCCGGAAGAACUCAGGAGGUGGCUACAGCAUCCACCAGCACCAAGGCAACAAGCAGUUUGGGACAGAGAAGGUCGGCUUUCUGUACAAGAAAAGUGAUGGAAUUCGAAGAGUCUGGCAGAAAAGGAAGUGUGGAGUCAAGUAUGGCUGCCUGACCAUCUCACACAGCACGAUAAACCGGCCACCAGUGAAGCUGACCUUGCUGACGUGCCAAGUGAGGCCAAACCCCGAGGAGAAAAAGUGCUUUGACCUGGUGACCCACAACAGGACAUACCACUUCCAGGCGGAGGACGAACAUGAGUGUGAGGCGUGGGUGUCAGUGCUGCAGAACAGCAAGGACGAAGCCUUGAGUAGUGCCUUUCUGGGGGAGCCCAGCGGCGGCCCGGGGCCCUGGGGGGGCGCCGGGCUGGACGGGGAGCCCCAGGACCUCACCAAGCUGCUCAUCGCCGAGGUCAAGAGCAGGCCCGGGAAUGGCCAGUGCUGCGACUGCGGGGCUGCAGGUGGGGCCGGGCGAGGAGGGAGGUGGAAACGGAGGGGAGGGGCCUGCGCCUCCAGGCACGAGCUGCGCUACUUUUCAGACCCCACUUGGCUCAGCACGAACCUGGGCGUGCUCACCUGCAUCCAGUGCUCCGGCGUCCACCGCGAGCUGGGCGUGCGCUUCUCACGCAUGCAGUCCCUCACCUUGGACCUGCUGGGCCCCUCCGAGCUGUUGCUGGCCUUGAACAUCGGAAACACUCGCUUCAAUGAAGUCAUGGAGGCCCAGCUGCCCUCGCACGGCGGCCCUAAACCCUCAACUGAGAGUGACAUGAGCACCCGCAGGGACUAUAUCGUGGCCAAGUAUGUGGAACACAGGUUUGCCCGGCGGUCCACCCCCGAGCCUCAGAGACUCUGGAUGGCCAUUUGCAACCGGGACCUCCUGUCUGUACUGGAGGCCUUCGCUAAUGGGCAGGACUUUGGACAGCCACUUCCGGGGCCUGAGGGGCAGGCACCUGGAGAGCUCGCCCUGCACUUGGCUGUCAGAGUCACCAACCAGGCCUCCCUGCCCCUGGUGGAUUUCAUCCUCCAAAACGGUGGUCACCUGGAUGCCAAGGCUGCUGACGGGAACAGCGCCCUGCACUGCGCUGCUCUCUACAACCAACCCGACUGCCUCAAGCUGCUGCUGAAAGGGAGAGCCUCACUUGGCACAGUGAACGAGGCAGGAGAGACAGCUCUGGACAUAGCCAGGAAGAAGCAGCACAAAGAGUGUGAGGAGCUGCUGGAGCAGGCCCAUGCCGGGACCCUUGCCUUCCCCCUGCACCUGGACUACCCCUGGGGGAUUUCCACAGAGCCUGGCUCUGACAGUGAGGAGGACGAGGAAGAGAAGCAGCGCUGCCCGCUGAAGCCCCCAGCCCAGGUCCGCUGGGCCAGUGGGAGGCUGGACAUCAGCAACAAGACCUACGAGACCAUCGCCAGCCUGGGACCAGCUGCCCCUAAGAUCCAGAGUGAGGAUUGCCCCCCACCUCUGCCGGUCAAAAACCCUUCUCGGACCAUGGCCCAAGGGCGCGCGGGACAUGCCAGUGGAGAUCGUUCCGAAGUUCCCAGCCUGAGCUCGGAGUCUGCUGGGGUCCCUGAGAACCUGAGCAGUCCAGCCUCCUCCUCCUCCAGCCUCACAAGCCCCGUGGAACCUGGGGGUCCCAACCAAACCCUACCCAGCUCUGAAGAGGGCCUCUGGGAGCCCCCGGGCCCCUCCCGACCCAGCCUGACAUCUGGAACCACCUCUUCAGAGAUGUAUCCCCCUGUCAGGUUCAGCUCUGAGAGCACUCGCUCCUAUCGGCGGGGGGGCCGGAGCCUAGAGGACUGUCCUUCAGCCCGGCAGCCUCUACCCAGAAGGAACAUGCCGGCUGGCUUCACCGAAGGAGACGGUUCAAGGACUGGGGUUCUCCCAGCAAGUUCUGUGCAGCUUUUGCAAGACUAGCUCCUUACUAGCCCUUGCAUGCCUGAACCACCCCCAUUCUGGAUGCCAGCAUUCAGAGCUAGGACUUGAGCCCAUAAUACUGGGGAGCUGAGGUGUUUAUGCCCUGGGGUCUUGCUGUCUCUGUCCCUUGUGCCUCUGUGGCUGGCCUUCCUCCCUGACAUGGGCCCAUAUGCCCCUGCCAAGGACACUGGGCCCCUCCAUGUUAGAGCUGUGGCGGUUUGUCUCCAUCUCACACCUGCCAGGGACCAGGGAGCCCUAUGGCUGGACCCGAGUGCUCCUGACCCAGCUCCAACUGCAGAACCUUCAGUCCCUCAUCAGACCAGGACUGUGUUUCUUCCAUCAGUCUGGGGGGGCUCUAACCUGCCUUCAUCAUCCUGCAGGCCAGGGAUUCUGCCAGGCUAGGGACUGUCUUCUCACCCAUUCAUUAGCCUAGUAUUCUUUGACUGAGUUCUGGCUCUUUGUCCAUUCCUGUGCUAGGCGCUGCAGAUGUCACAGGAAUAAGACAAAGGUCCUGCAGAUGUGGUCCCUUUCUGGGCAGCCGGUCCCAUGAAUUAGGCUUGGAAAUGGGCAGGGCUAGACUCCAGAGGAUGGUUCCGGGCUUAGGGGCAGACUGCAAUCAGCUGGCUUACACCUGAAUAACGCUGCAGUUGUCUACAGCCUGUAUCCAUUCUGGUUGCUCAGUGCCCAUGCUGUACUGGCUGUUAAAUAAAUAUUCUGCAUAUCACUCCUUUUGAGGGACAGCACAGCCUUGCUGGGGACCUCUGUUAUAAUAGAUCCCCAGCCAGGAAGUAGAGGAGGGUUCACCCCCAUUUGCUUACUCUCCUUGAUUUAGCAAGAAUGAAAGGAAUGGUCUGGGAUGAUUAUCCUCACUUCUCUCCUCUUUCUGUCAGUCAACUCAGGAACCUCCCAGUCUCGGGGGGGGGAGGAAAGGGCCAAGAAAGGAGAAAGGAGAGUGAUAGAAAGGGAGGGUGGAGACUUAAAGGUUCUACUUCCCAGUGCCAGAAAUGCCACCGUCGCUUUCAGGCCCAUAUUGGAAAACAGAUACACCUAAGCCAUCAUCAGUCUCUAACAGGUCAGCUUUACAGGCACUGGGCGCUGGGCCCUGGCAGGGAUGGACCAGGACAAACGGGGGAGGCCAGAGGAUGCCAAUGGCCAAUGCAGCAGCCUGGUCCGGGAGGCUGCGUGUUUACCCUGGAGACCUGACAGGUCUGUGAUCCCACAGGAGCGAGGCUGUCUUGAGAGCCCCCAGUGUCUUGUUAUUUCACUCAUCUCUAAUAAAAGAUUUU